CCGCCACCCCGAGCGAGCAGGAAGUUGCAGAUCGGGUGCCGUUGCCUCUCGUCUCAUCAAUGCAGCUUUCAUUCUCUUUGGCCGGGCCAAGAUGGAAGUCGUACAAAAGGAGCGCUGGUACUUCAUGGCACUUGUCUUAUUCCCUUUUCUUCAAGGCGCGUGUGCAGAUACUGCCCCCCCGGAGAUCGAAACGGUCACGAUCCAUUUGCAGGAGGGGAUGAUCCUCGACUGCUUGUGCCCCUGGGUCGGGAACCUCACCAUGGUGUCAUGGACCAAAGACCCGGACACCAAUUCCAUCGCCGUUUUCCACCCGGACUACGGAGUAGCCACGACUUACCAUUACCGUGAGCGGAUCGAGUUCUUGAGGAGCACGCCUAUGGACGGAAGUAUCACCAUGAAGAACGUCACCCACCAGGACAUUGGGCUUUAUCACUGUUCUGUCCAGACAUUCCCUCAAGGCCCCUGGAUCAGAAACAUCCAGGUGGAGGAUUUAGAUGGGCCUCCGGUAGAGGAUAACGAAGACAACGCCGAGGUCAUGGAGGCGGGCGCGCACAUGACGGCAGAAACCAGUGGCAACCUGUCGGUGGAGUGCAACCAGCAGCGCAACGGCACCAUCGUCCACCAGGCCAUGGUGGAGCACAUGGCGUUUGGGCAACCCUGGGUCAUCAUCGGCAUAUGCAAGCGGGUGGAGGGCGGCGUGCUGAGCGAAGACUACAGCGAGCGCGGUCAGGUCACCUGCCAGCAGAAUCUGGAUGUCAGUCUGCAACUGACCGCCGUCGCCCAGGAAGAUGGCGGAUUGUACCGCUGCAGCUUCAGCACCGACACCGGCUUGCAGACCAACACUGUCAUGGUUACGGUGUUGCCGUCAGGUUUCUUCACCCUGUCCGUCUUCAUGAUGUAUCUGUACUUGGCCAUUGCAACCACCGGAUUGAUUUUACUGACCGUCCUCCUCAUCGUCUUGUUGAGGCGCAGGAAGAAGAGCAGACGAGAAGAAAGCAGAGAUAAGGUGCACCCGGCCGACCCACAUACUCCAGACAGUCAAACCAGUCAGUUUUGGCGGCGGUGGUGGGCGAGGGAGCUUUGCGGACAAGUCUACUAAGAUGUGGACCACGUGGAAUGACAGAGCCAUCUUUCCCCACCCUUCCAUCAUCAACUCUGCACCACGGCACAUUCAGUGACUAUGAAAAAAGUCGAGCGAGACUACUGCUACAUGAGAGAACAUUCAAGUUUAUUACCUCUGUCAUCAAAAAAAACAUAUUUACAUUGAGAAAACUGCAACAUAAUUAAAGUGCUAUUGAUGUAAUCUGACAACACAUUUAAUAAACAAACAUGGUGUCUAUAGAUUUUCUUAAAUAGAACGCAUGAAAAUAAAGUGACACAUGUGGAACUUUGAA